UGCAAUUGGUUUAGACAUCUGACCGUUUAAUCAGUUAGGAAGUAGAUAGAUAAAGAGAGUGAACAUCAUCAUGUGGCUCUCUUUCUUCCUCCUCCGCCGAGAUUUUUCUCCGUCUCUCUCUUCUCCGCAAUGGCGGCGGUCGCUACCCCCUUCUGUUUCUCUCCCCUUCGAUCGCCGUCACUUUUCCAACUCCACAAUCUUUCUCUAAACCCUAAUUCAUCGAUUCGAAGAACAAUCUUCUGUAAAUCAUCGCCUCGCGAUGAAUCUCCAGCUGUCACCGCUUCUUCUCGGCGACCGGAAAAACAGCAGAAUCUAGUGGAAUCUCCCAAACCUGAUCCUGAUCACAAACCGGAACCUGGGAUUGGUAAAAUUGGAAUGGAGAUUAUGUCAAUUGCAUUACCUGCUGCUUUAGCUUUAGCUGCUGAUCCUAUUACAUCUCUUGUCGACACUGCCUUCGUUGGCCAUAUUGGUUCUGCAGAAUUAGCUGCAGUAGGAGUAUCAGUUUCUGUAUUCAAUUUGGUGUCGAAGCUCUUCAAUGUUCCUUUGCUAAAUGUCACAACAUCGUUUGUUGCGGAGGAGCAAGCAAUUGCUGCUAAGGAUGAUAGUGAUUCUAUAGAAACAAGCAAGAAAGUGCUGCCUUCUGUUUCAACAUCUUUAGUUCUUGCUGCUGGAGUUGGUAUUGCAGAGGCGAUUGCGCUAUCUCUCGGCUCUGAUUUCUUGAUGGACGUCAUGGCUAUACCUUUUGAUUCACCAAUGCGGAUACCAGCAGAGCAGUUCCUCAGACUUAGAGCGUAUGGUGCACCACCAAUUGUAGUGGCAUUGGCUGCGCAAGGAGCUUUUCGAGGUUUCAAAGACACAACAACGCCUCUAUAUGCAGUUGUUGCGGGGAAUGUUCUUAAUGCGAUAUUAGAUCCAAUCCUGAUAUUUGUCCUUGGUUUUGGUAUCUCUGGUGCUGCAGCUGCUACCGUGAUUUCUGAAUACUUGAUUGCAUUUAUUCUUCUGUGGAAGUUGAAUGAGAAUGUAGUUUUGCUCUCUCCUCAAAUCAAAGUGGGAAGAGCCAACCAGUACCUCAAAUCAGGUGGGCUUCUGAUUGGUAGAACGGUGGCUUUGCUUGUGCCAUUCACAUUAGCUACUUCGUUAGCAGCUCAAAAUGGACCCACUCAAAUGGCUGGCCAUCAAAUCGUCUUGGAAGUCUGGUUGGCUGUCUCUUUACUCACCGAUGCUUUAGCCAUUGCUGCACAGAGUCUUCUUGCCACCACUUUCUCUCAAGGAGAAUACAAACAAGCCCGGGAAGUUAUCUUCGGAGUCCUUCAAGUAGGAUUAGCAACUGGAACUGGUUUGGCUGCUGUAUUGUUCAUCACUUUCGAACCAUUUUCAAGCUUAUUCACAACGGAUUCAGAAGUUCUAAAGAUUGCUUUGUCAGGGACCUUGUUUGUGGCUGGAUCUCAACCGGUGAAUGCUCUAGCGUUUGUUUUGGAUGGGCUUUAUUAUGGUGUCUCUGACUUUGGAUUUGCCGCCUAUUCUAUGGUGAUUAAUGGAUUAAUAUCUUCCUUGUUCAUGCUUGUGGCUGCACCAACGUUUGGCCUUGCCGGGAUCUGGACUGGUUUAUUCCUCUUCAUGGCAUUGCGGUUGGUUGCCGGAGCCUGGAGAUUGGGGACAAGAACCGGUCCAUGGAAAAUGCUGUGGUCUGCUCCAGAGAAGCCAGAAUGAGACGGAUCGCUGUUUCUGCAUCAAUAUUUUUGCGUCAUAGGAUUCUCAGUCUUGUCAUGGCCAAGCUCAAUAGCGUCCUCCUUGUAGACUACAUAGUCCUUUCCAUCAUUCGUUUCAAUCACGCCAUUACGUGUUCAGAAGGUGAUUGUUGGAGUUUUUGGACUUACAAGGAUAAGUAUCUGUUGAUAGGAUUCAACGAGAUUGAGUCUAUUAAUUAGACCAAGUCCAAGGAGUUAAAAAUCCACCUCGUUACUGCUAUAUUACUUGGGAAAGAACUUAGGUCUAUCUGGUUUUUUUAGAUCACCCUUUUUUGUCUUUUGUUUGAUUGGACUGUUUGGAGGAAGAUGUAGUUUGAAUAUGCGUAGAAUCUCUUAUAUAUUAAUUGAAAAACAUUUUUAAAAAA